CAUCUGUAAAAAACUGUAAUACAUCCCCAACCUUAAAGCAUAAAAAUACUUCACUUAGAAAGUAGCAGUUUACGGUUUCCUAACAUGGAGCUACAGUGGGCUCUUCUUUUGGGACUCUUUAUACCAUCAUGCAAUGGAUUUGCCAGUGGAUUUAACCUUUUAAAUUAUGAAUGUGUUGAUAUAAACAAGUGUCCCGAUAAUGAAUAUUCUGGAUAUGGUGGCGUUACAUUUGAGACCUCAAGUGGCAAAGAAAAGGAAUAUGAAGAGUCUACCCUACAAACUCUGACUGAUACUGCUACAAUAAUCCAAAUGACUACAGAAAUGGACUGCAAUCAGUUCGAACCCUUUUCUGUAGACCACAGGCCCAAUAAGUUGAAGCAGUUGAUGUCACUGUUGAAGAAGAGCUGUGAAUCUCUGAAUGAUCCACAUAGAGAACAUUUGACUGGAGAGGAGCUACUGCAGAAUGUGUUCAAUUCCACUGAUGAGCUGCUGUCUGAAGGAACCAUCGCUGACGGCGAGACACUGAAUCAGUUUCUGGAUGCGGUGGAGAACAGCAUGCGUCUGAUCGGACCUCAGCUGAAAGAGCCAGUGACCAGGAUGGAGACACACAACACCUUUGCUGAGGUUGCAGUAAUGCGGGGUCAGACUCCGCCCAGUGGGCGUGUCACUCUGAGCACAGACUCCGCCCUCUUCAGUGCCAGCUGGGAAACAGUUAUAGGGAAAUCUUAUCCAGGUUUUGCGUUUGCGGCUCUGGUCAGUCAUAAAGAUCUGAACUCAUCCAGUGAUCUGCUCCAUACAAUUAGCAGAGAGAGACCAGAUGAUGAAGAGAGAGGCGUCAGUUAUCAACUCAACUCUAAAGUGGUGACGGCCGUCGUCAGUAAUGCAGAAACCAAGCAGCUGUCAGAGCCGGUGAUGCUCAUCUUUACACACGAGGAGGAGAGGGAGGAGUCUGAGGGUGUGGCUUACUCCUGUGUGUACUGGGAUGAGGCUGAGGGGGUGUGGUCUGGGCGGGGCUGCGAGAAGGCGGAGUCUAACAGCACUCAUACAGUGUGUUACUGGUCUCAUCUCAGUAGUUUCGCUGUGCUCAUGGCUCUCUAUCCUCUCCAGGACUCGUUUGAGUUGGUGUUGAUCACUCGAGUGGGUUUAGUUCUGUCUCUGGUCUGUUUGUCUCUCUGUAUCCUCACGUUCAAGUUCUGCCGCUCCAUCCAAGGAACCCGAACCAGCAUUCAUCUCCAUCUGAGCAUCUCUCUCUUCAUCGCAGACCUCGUCUUCCUCUGUGGGAUCUCCAGCACUCACAAUCAGGUAGCGUGUGGGAUUGUGGCCGGUCUGCUUCACUUCUUCUUCUUGUCUGUGUUCUGCUGGAUGCUGCUGGAGGGGGUUCAGCUCUACCGGAUGGUUGUGCUGGUGUUUAACACCACAUUAAAACACCUCUACAUGUAUCUGGUGGGAUACGGAGCCCCUCUCGUCAUCAUCAUCAUCUCUAUCUCUGCCAUUACCUUCCCAGCGGGAUACGGCACCAAACGACACUGCUGGCUCUCUCUCGAUCGUUAUUUUAUCUUGAGCUUCUUUGCACCCGUCUGCAUCGUCGUGAUCCUCAAUGGUUUUGUCUUCAUCAUCACCAUCUGGAAACUUGCCAAAAAGUUCUCCAGCCUCAAUCCAGACCUCUCCAGUCUCAAGCAGAUCAGGAGCUUUACGGUGACGGCUGUGGCUCAGUUGUGUAUUCUUGGAGGAACCUGGAUCUUCGGCUUCUUCCUCUUCCAGGAGAAAGGGACUGAAGUCAUGUUGUACCUCUUCAUCAUCCUCAACAGCCUCCAGGGGGCGCUGAUCUUCAUCAUGCACUGCCUGCUGUCCAAACCGGUCAGGACAGAGUAUUACAAUCUGUUUGUCCGAAUGUGUCCACACAAGAAGAAAGGCAAAUAUAGGACCAGUCCCAGCCAGACCAGCAGCAGUCAGAAACCUCUACGGAGCGACGGCAGCACAGCAGAGUCACAGAUGUAAAGCGAUUGUCAUUUGCUGAUGGAUUUUGUACAAACUCUUCAACACAAGAUGUAUGAAGACUUUCUGUGACAAAUGAAGAUUAAGCUUUAAUUCAACAGUAGACGUUCACAGGCGUUCACCGUCAUCUGAUGUUUUCUGCUGGUUUAUCACUUGUGAUAUGCAUCAUCUGUUACUGGAGAUGGACAGAGGUUUGCCAUAGAAACAGAUAUAAGUCCUCAUGCCAAUCUUUGAAUAGAGUAUUUAGGUUGCUUCUUUCUUCUGAUUUUUUUUAUUUGUUGUGUAAAUGGAAAGUCUAACUUUUUAGAAGGAAACAUUGUUUUAUAAUCCUAAAUGUUGUAUUGUGUUGAGCUUAGUUGAAAUAUGUUGAUUAAUGAAGUCAUUCUGUAGAAGCAAGGCUAUAUCUGAAAAACAUCCUGAUUUCUAGCUCACUAGUAUUCUCUCUCAUUUCUUCCUCCAUUAUAAGGGAAUGUAAUGACUAAAGCAAGUUAUACUGUCAGUGACAUUUGUUUUUUAUAUGUUUUUAUAUGUUUAUAUUAUAUUUGUUUAUAUUAUAUAACAUUGUCAAAGAUUUCUUUAUAUAUGCCAUUUUUCUAUAGGCUAUGCAAACUUUAUUUUACUUCAUCUUCAUGAGGAAAAGGGAAA